CUAACUGGGAGACGACGAGUCUCUCCAGCUGGCUAUGUUAUACAGGGACGAAGUCCACGUUUUGAAGAGGAACUUCAAGACGGUUGGUGUUUCCAACCAAAAGAAACACGAUGUCUGGACGAAGAUUACGGCCGACCUGAAUGGACAGUUCCACCAUGAGAGGACGGCCGUAGAGGUAAAGAAGCGAUGGUUCACCAUCACUUCUAAGUCAAGGAUGAAGCUGAAGAACUUUCGAGAUCAUCGGAAUGGAACUGGUGGCGGCCCUCCACCCCCUCCCCUUGACCCCAUUGAUGAACUUGUCGGGGACGUUUUGGGGCAAGACAGCAAGGUCAUCACGGGAUUUGAGGAGAUUGAUGACCUUGGACAUCAAAGGACUGUCGACAUUGAAGACGCAGCAGAGCCAGCGAGCCAGCUCAUUGUAGGUCAGGGAGGUGCUGAGGCACCAACAGUAAUAAUUGUGCCUGAGCCCACCCUGCAGCCACAAACUGAGGGGGGUGCCUGGGGGAAGGUGCCAGCUGAGGAUGAUGCAGCAGCUGCUCAAGCAAAGGUGGCAGCUGCUGAGGAGGAGGCUGUAGCUUCAAGAGCUACAGCAGCAGCUGCACAGGCUGGGGAGGAGGCUGCACGGGCCAUGAAGGCAGCUGCAGAGGAGGUGGCGGCUUGUGCUCGGGCCUUCACAGGAGCUGCAAGGGCGCAGGAGGCAGCUGCAAGGGCGCAGGAGGCAGCUGAAAGGGCACGGGAGGCAGCUGCCAAAGAAAAAGCGGAAGCCAUGCGUCUUAAACAAAUUUUGCUCAAGUUACAAAUUGAAAAGGAAAGGAAAAACAAAUAAUAUACCUAAUAAAAGUAGAAAAGGA